AUGGGGGUGCUACUCCAAGUGAGGUUCAUGGACCGGCAGCAAUGGUAUCGCCUGGGAGCAUGUUGGAAACGCAGAAUUUCAGGCCCUGCUCCAGGCUUGCUGGAUCCCAAUCUGCAGUUCAACAAGUUCCCCAAGGGAUUCACAAGCACAGACUGGCUCGCUGUGCAGCUCGUGGAAGGCUCUGGCAGGUGCUCUGGCCAUGUCGAGGUGUACUUUGAAGGCAUGUGGUGCACGGUGUGCGACGACUUUGGGGAUGAGAAGGAAGCACACGUGGUGUGCCGGCAGCUGGGCUGCGGGACAGCUGUCUCCACCCCGGGAGAGGCUCACUAUGGCCAGGGCUCGGGCCCCAUCCUUCUGGACGAUGUGCAGUGUUCGGGGACUGAGCUCUAUCUGGGGCAGUGCUCCCACGCCGGCUGGUUCACCCACAACUGCGGGCAUGGGGAAGAUGCUGGUGUCAUCUGCUCGGCUGACAAUUUCUCAGAGCUCUCACUGAUCACAGUCCCCAAGGACUUGACGCCACCUCCUCCACCUACAGGAGCCUGGAUGGCCCUGAGGUUGGUGAACGGCACAGGAAGGUGCUCAGGCCGAGUGGAGGUUCUCAUCCAGGGCACAUGGGGGACCGUGUGUGAUGACCUCUGGGACUUGGCUGAGGCCACGGUUGUGUGCCACCAGCUGCAGUGUGGCCAGGCCAGGGAGGCCCCCACAGGUGCCCACUUCGGGGCAGGCUCUGGGAAGAUCGUUCUGGAUGACGUGCAGUGUAUAGGCAGUGAGAGCCACCUGGGGCAGUGUGUGCACAGGGGUGAGGCUGGGCACAACUGCGGGCACCUGGAGGAUGCCGGCGUCAUCUGUGCAGGACCCAAAACCUGGAUGGCUGUGAGGCUGGUGAAUGGCACAGAAAGGUGCUCAGGCCGAGUGGAGGUUCUCAUCCAGGGCACAUGGGGGACCGUGUGUGAUGACCUCUGGGACUUGGCUGAGGCCACAGUCGUGUGCCACCAGCUGCAGUGUGGCCAGGCCAGGGAGGCCCCCACAGGUGCCCACUUCGGGGCAGGCUCUGGGAAGAUCGUUCUGGAUGACGUGCAGUGUGUGGGUAGUGAGAGCCACCUGGGGCAGUGUGUGCACAGCGGUGAGGCCGGGCACAACUGCGGACACUUGGAGGAUGCUGGUGUUGUCUGUACAGGAGCCUCUAUGGCUGUGAGGCUGGUGAAUGGCACAGGAAGGUGCUCAGGCCGAGUGGAGGUUCUCAUCCAGGGCACAUGGGGGACCGUGUGUGAUGACUUCUGGGACCUGGCUGAGGCCACAGUCGUGUGCCGCCAGCUUCAGUGUGGCCAGGCCAGGGAGGCCCCCACGGGUGCCCACUUUGGGGCAGGCUCUGGGAAGAUUAUGCUGGAUGACGUGCAGUGUGUGGGCAGUGAGAGCCACUUGGGGCAGUGUGUGCACAGCGGUGAGGCCAGGCACAACUGCGGGCACCUGGAGGACGCCGGCGUCAUCUGUGCAGUCUAGUCAUCGAAAGGCAGAGUGAGUGGCCAUCACCCCUUGACCCACGGUUCUUCCCCAGGAGGCUGGGCCCCUGUGCGGCUGGUAGGUAGCCACGGGAGGUGCGCCGGCCGCGUGGAGCUCUUCUAUCAGGGAGUCUGGGGGACCGUGUGUGAUGACCUCUGGGACCUGCCAGAAGCAAACAUCAUCUGCAGGCAGCUGGGAUGUGGCUGGGCCAUUUCAGCCCCGGGUGAGGCCCACUUCGGGGAAGGCUCUGGGAACAUCCUCCUUGACAAUGUGCACUGCAGGGGAGAUGAACAGCACCUGGAGGAGUGCUCCCACAUCGGCUGGUUUUCCCACAACUGUGGACACACAGAAGAUGCAGGUGUGAUCUGUUCAGAUGCUGAAUACUCAACAGUCUCACUCUCAGAUCGCCCACUGGAUGUCAUAGCACCAAAAAUGGCUGCAGAGAAAUCUAAGUGUGGCAGAGUUAUUACCAACUCAUCUGGAGCAAUUAGGAAUCCCCCGCGGAACGAAAUGCAUGACAACAUAACCUGCGUGUGGCAAAUCAAGGCCAAUGCAUCUGAUCAUAUACUGCUGGCAUUUCCGUAUCUUAACCUGGACUGCACCAAUGAAUAUUUUGAAAUCCUGGACGGCCCUCCAUCCUCAGCAAAGUCCCUGGGGAAGACCUGCUCCGGGUCCUACCUCACCUACUCGUCCUCCUCCAGCUCAUUGACCCUCGUGUACUUCCGAAGCUUCAACAACAUAGGGAAAAACUUCAUUGCUUAUUAUUAUUCUGCACCCAAAGAGGCCGGUUCCCGGAUCCCACAUCUAAUCACAAUCCCAACAGCAACACCCAAGACAGUGACAGCAAGACCAGGCGACUCUUAAACUCCUAGAGCCUCAGUUUCCCCACUCACCCUGUCUCUGUCUGCAGGGGACUGGCCGGAGCUGCGGCUGGUGGGCGGCUCAGGUCGAUGCUCAGGACGCGUCGAGGUCCUCUACCAGGGGGUCUGGGGCACCGUGUGUGAUGACCUCUGGGACCGACACGAAGCCGAGGUCGUGUGCCGACAGCUGGGGUGUGGACGAGCCGUGUCUGCCCUGGGGAAGGCCCACUUCGGCCCGGGCUCUGGAAAUAUCUUCCUGGACAACCUGCAGUGCUUGGGGAUGGAGCACUACCUGGGCCAGUGUGCCCACUCAGGCUGGUCGGAGCACAACUGCGACCACCAUGAAGAUGCCGGAGUCAUCUGCUCAGGAGGAAGUAGCUCCUGCGGAGGGGUGAUGUCCGGUCCCUCCGGCUCCUUUUCCAGCCCGCUGUACCCAGAAAGCUACCCCACGGAUGUCCAGUGUGUUUGGGAGAUUCACGUGGAGAAAAAGUUUCGCAUUGAACUCCUGAUUCCAACUCUGAACCUGGAGGAUAUCCUUGGAUGCCCUUAUGACUCCAUUGAAAUCUUCGACGGCCCCAGGAUUGCCUCGCUGUCCAUGGGGAAGUUCUGUGCCUCGGUAGCUGUGAUAUUUUUCUCCUCUUCAGACAUCAUGACUGUGGUGUUCCAAAGUGAUUCUAUGAUCACCAACACUGGCUUUUAUGCUCGAUUCAACGUAAUUCCACAGGGUGAAGGAGAGCCAGAAAAUGGACCGGAGCUGCGGCUGGUGGGUGGAUCUGGACGGUGCUCAGGACGCGUGGAGGUCCUCCACGAGGGGGCCUGGGGCACCGUGUGUGAUGACCUCUGGGACCUGAACGAAGCCCAGGUGGUGUGCCGACAGCUGGGGUGCGGACGGGCCAUUGCAGCCCCUGGAAAGGCCCACUUCGGCCCGGGCUCCGGAAGCAUCCUCCUGGAUAACAUUCAGUGUUCGGGAAACGAGAACCACCUUGGUCAGUGCCCCAGCUCCGGCUGGUCGGACCAUAACUGUGGCCACCAUGAGGACGCAGGUGUCAUCUGCUCAGAUGCUGGGGCCUGGGCUCCAGAUGUGACCCCUGCAUCCCCAGCUCCCAUCCCUCAAGGGCCUACGCCGCCACAAGGAGGAAGUAACUCUUGUGGGGGAGUACUUUCAGGCCUCCUGGGCUCCUUCUCCAGUCCUUGGUAUCCAACGAACUACCCCACUGAUGUGGAGUGUGUCUGGAUGAUACAAGUGGCUGAGAAGUUCCACAUAGAACUGGUGAUCCCAAGCCUGAAAUUAGAGGACAUCUAUGGGUGCCCUUAUGACUUUAUUGAAGUGUUCGACGGAUGGCAAGUUGCCUCACUCUCCGUGGGCAGAUUUUGUGCUGGGACAGAGCUCACAUUCCUCUCCUCUUCAAACAUCAUGACCGUGGUGUUCAGAAGUGAUGCUAUGAUCACCAACACAGGGUUUUAUGCUCUGUACAAUGCCAUUCAGCAAGAUAAAAGAGAGAAUGGUGCGUCCCUGAGACUGGUGAAUGGCAGUCACAAGUGUGAGGGCCGGGUGGAGGUCCUCUACAAUGGUACCUGGGGCACAGUGUGCGAUGACAACUGGGACAUGACAGACGCCAAGGUAGUGUGCCAGCAGCUCGGCUGUGGUGAGGCCUUAUCAGCCCCAGGUCAAAGCUACUUUGAUGGAGGCACUGGCCACAUCAUGCUGGAUGAUGUUCAGUGUAAAGGGAAUGAAGCCAAGGUGUGGCAAUGCACACACAAUGGAUGGUUCUCCCACAACUGUGGGCACCACAAGGAUGCCAGUGUCAUCUGCUCAGGUGUUGAUGGCAGUCUGAAAGUAGGACCAACAGACUCAACUGGUGACAACGCAGCUACAGAUGAAAACUUCCAUUGUGGCGGCCUGCUCACAAAUAAUUCAGGCUCCUUCUCCAGUCCUUGGUAUCCUAAAAAAUACCCUAUAAAUGUGGUGUGCACCUGGGACAUACACGUGGAUCCCAGGGCUCAUAUCAAGCUCACAUUUGAAGUGGUGAAGUUGGAGAACUUCUACAGCUGUCCAUAUGACUUCAUUGAAAUCUUUGACGGGCCGCAGAAUGAAUCCUUUUCUCUGGGCAAGUUCUGUUCUGGCACAACCCCAGUAUUCACCUCCUCCUCAAAUCGCUUGACAGUGGUCUUCCACAGCGAUGCUAUCGUCACCAACAUGGGCUUUUAUGCAUCCUACAAGUCUUUUGUGCAAGACGAGAACAAUACCGAUGUAGCCCUCAGGCUGGCCGGCGGCAGCCACCAGUGUGAGGGCCGCGUGGAGCUGCACUACAACGGCACCUGGGGGACAGUGUGUGACGACAGCUGGGACCUGCGUGAUGCCCAGGUGGUGUGCCGGCAGCUGUCCUGUGGCUGGGCGGUGUCGGCCCCCGGCAGGGCGCAUUUCCACCAAGGCCUGGGCCCCAUUGCCCUGGACGACGUGCAGUGUGUCGGCACGGAAGCCACGCUGUGGCAGUGCCUGCACAGUGACUGGUUCUCCCACAACUGUGGCCACCACGAAGAUGCCAGCGUCAUCUGCUCAGCCUCCCUGCCUUCCUCAGCACCAUCAUCUGCUACGAGUUACCCAACUUCAGCAUCUUUCCUGAAGAAGCUGACAGAGGUGCCCACAUCAGCAGCAUACCCGGUUUCUGUUCCCUUCUGCAACACCGCCCUUCCACCGAUGCCCACGAGGUCUGCAGACAGCACGCUGUGUCCUGGCUGUGUCCUGGCUGUGUCCGCCCUUCUGGAAGCCAGCUGCGGCCGUGUAUCAGGCAAUCUUCCCGGACGAUGUCAACUGCCCUGGAAGCGAGUCCUCCCUGGGGCAGUGCCCUCCCAGAGGCCGGCUCACACACAACUGGGACCACCACCAGACGCUGGUGUCAUCUGCUCAGAUUCUUCAGCUGCUGGACAUCCAGGUAUCUAUGCUUCAGCUCCUGGGGAACAGCCACAUGUUUUCCAACCAAUAGCUACUGAAGCCGUCCCAGAUCCAGCAGAAACAACUCCUACAGUCGCAUCAGCCUCAGAAGAGACCACUUCGCCUGUCCCUGCCUCUAUUUCAGCCACAGAUUCGGUCCCUGCAACUGGCAUCAUUUCUACUUCAGCAGAAGUGACUUCUUCACCUGAAUCUUUUAGUGUUACUGUAACCACCUUAACAGCUUCAAUAACAACCACUGUGACCUCCACACCAGAUACUUCUUCAACCUCAGCAGAAGUGACCUCUCCUUCAGACGUAUCUUCGACUUCAGUAGAAGUGGACACGCCCUCUGAUACAACUCCCACUCCAGAAGAGGCCUCUUCCCCAGCCAUAAAUCUGAUUUCAACAACAGUGACAUCAUCACCUGUUACAGUUUCAGUUGGCGAAGACAUGAUUCCUUUACCUGAUCCGGACCUGCGCCUGGUGGGCGGGCGCAGCCGCUGUGAGGGCCGGGUCGAGGUCCGCCACCAGGGCGUGUGGGGCACAGUGUGUGAUGACCACUGGGACAUUAGGGACGCCCGUGUCGUGUGCCGUCUGCUGGGCUGUGGUCCCGCACUCGCUGCCCUGGGACGCGGCCACUUCGGCCUGGGCUUGGGGCCCAUCCUGCUGGACGACGUGCACUGUGUGGGCACCGAGGACGCACUGGGCCAUUGUCGCCACUCGGGCUGGGCGCGACACAACUGCCGGCACCAGGAGGACGCGGGCGUGGUGUGUGCAGGUCCAGCUGCCUCUGCUGUACCCAAGGGCAAUGCCCGGCUCUCCUGCUUGCCUCACCUCUUCCAAGUCACCAUUGACCGAGGCUAUCUCCGGAGGCUGGGCUACUCCUCUUGGGACGUCCACUUAAAUGAUGAGCUGUGCCGCCCUCGAGUCACGGGACGAUACCUGAUCUUCAACAUUCCCUAUGGUCGCUGUGGCACCGUCAGACAGGAAAGCCUCGGCUCCCUCGGCUACUCCAACUCCAUCAGGGGCCGGACCCGGGGGCCCCCUGGCCGAGUCGUCGUGCGGCACAGGGUGCCUCAGCUCAAGUUCACCUGCAGGGCGGAGGGCCCAUCUGCUGUUGAAGUCCUUCCUGGGGCUGAUGUCCCCAGGGAGAGAGUUGGCUACGACGUAUCCAUAUCCUUCCUCGAGUGGCCUUUGUCCCCGCCCAUGAAGCACAUGGGGCCGUACCCCGCCAGCCAGAGGGCGGUCUUCCUCCAGGCCACGCUGCACAGCCCCGACCCCAGGCUGAGGCUCUCUGUGGAUACCUGCGUGGCUUCUCCCGACCCACACGACUUUACGACCGUCAAGUACGAUUUGAUCCGACAAGGGUGCAUCAAAGACAAUACCUAUGUCGACCUCCACUCCCACCAGAAGAACACGGCCCAGUUCAAGUUUAAUGCCUUCAACUUUCUCAGCAACUAUGAUGUGGUCUAUCUGCAGUGUGAGGUGGCUGUGUGCAAAGUGGGGGACUACUCCUCCCGGUGCUCCCAGGGCUGUGCAGGGCGGGGUAAGAGGGAUGUGGGCCCUGUGGAGACCCCAGAAGAGCAGCCUGAGCAUCUCCAAGUGGUGGGGCCACUGGAAAUCCACAGAGGGACCGGUUGGAGGAAGACCCUUGUGUGAUUUCUCAACUUUCCAUGUGAAUCUAUCAUUAGAAAGCAAAGCCUAUUUCCUUGCAGCAAAGUAAUAUGUUUGACAAAUCAGAAGUUGCCCACACAGCGACAGGUGAAAGAAACAGCAAAAGACAUUCUCUCUGAGGUUUGUUGCUAAAUAAACCUCUGAUCAUUAAGCUUGUGAGGAAAUCACUCUCUUUGCAGGCUGGAGAUGCUAUGUUCUCUGAUUCUUCACUACCAAGAACCUGACUGUUGUCUUAAACUGUACAUGUUCUAAAGAACAGGGUUCUCUCUAUAUACCAAAUUUCCAAUUUAAAGAUUUUAUUUAAUUGACUCCUUAACGCUUAGAUGCUAGUAAAUGGAUCUUUUUGUUUCUGUCCCUUGGGUCGUGUGAGAAUUUCUUUUCAGAUAUUGCUAAGAGUCUUAGGAAAAAUAAACUAACU